AAAGAAAAAAAAUAAAAUCUUUUUUAGAUAACAAAAAGAAUAAAAAUUUCACUUUCUCUUUCUAGUUUUAGAAAGAUAAAAAACAAAAAACAAAAACAAAAGAAUUUUAUUGAUGUAGAUAAGAAUGAAUCAAUAGAAGUUGUAGUAAGUAAUAACAGUUUCAAGAUAGAUUCAGAAGCUAGGUCAAUUUGUAAAUUUUUCUUGAGAGAGAAAAUAAAGUAAAAGCUGAGAGCUUUGAUUUGAUUUGAUUUGGUUUGAUCUGAUUGAUUUGGGUGGGUUUGUUUUCAGCAAAUUCAAUCAGGAGAAUUCUUGGGUUUCAGCUAUAAAAGAACGCAGGUUGAUUGAAAUGGUGUUUAGAGAAGCAUUCAAGGAACCUAAAGUGAUGGUGGAAGAUUCUGAUUAUGAUUGUAUUGGUUCUGAUAAGCUUCAGAUGAGCUCGGACGAAAAUUUCGGAUUUUUCGAGAAUAAUUUGCAGUCGUUAGCUUGUAUUCUUUUGUCUAGAAAUGUUAAUCCGAACUUUAUGGAGAAUUGUUUUCUUGGAAGACAGAUGUUUGGUUUUGAUUUGAACCAGGUGCUUCUUAAGGAUAUAAAAACUGUAGUGCUAAAUAGAAGCGGGGAGAAUCAUGGUCGCCAAGCAUCGGAUGAUAGUCUCUUGCCUGGUCUUCAUGAUGAUACAGCGUCGGAUAUUCUGGCUUGGGGCUGCAGAUCGGAUUACCCUAAUCUUGCUUGCAUUAAUAAAAAGUUUAAGGCUUUGAUUGGAAGUGGAUAUUUGUAUAAAUUGAGGCGUCGGCUUGGUGUUAUUGAACACUGGGUUUAUUUAGCUUGUAUUUUGAUGCCUUGGGAAGCUUUUGAUCCCGUGAGGCAAAGAUGGAUGCAAUUACCUAGGAUGCCGUGUGAUGAUUGUUUUACUUACGCAGACAAGGAGUCUCUUGCGGUAGGAACUCAGUUACUUGUUUUUGGUCGUGAGCUAUCGGGAUUUGCCAUUUGGAUGUAUAACUUGCUAUCUCAUGAUUGGACUAGAUGCACUCCUAUGAGCUUGCCUCGUUGCCUGUUUGGUUCGAGCAGCUUUGGAGAAAUUGCCAUUGUUGCUGGGGGAAGUGACAAGAAUGGAUGUAUUCUAAGGUCCGCCGAGCUGUACAAUUCCGAACUGGGCGUGUGGGAAAGUUUACCAGACAUGAGCUUGCCACGUAAGCUCUGUUCAGGCUUCUUUAUGGAUGGGAUGUUUUAUGUCGUUGGUGGUAUGUCAACCCAAACAGAGUGUUUAAGUUGUGGCGAGGAGUAUAACCUUGAGACACGGACAUGGAGGAGGAUAGAAAACAUGUAUCCAGUGUCGACUGUGGGUCAUCCAGCUAUGCGUUCUCCUCCGUUAGUAGCUGUUGUAAAUAAUCAACUAUACUCUGCCGAUCAAGCAACAAACGAGGUCAAGAGAUACAAUAAGACUAAUAAUACAUGGAGCAUUGUGAAGAGGUUGCCAGUUAGAGCCGACUCCUCUAACGGUUGGGGAUUAGCAUUUAAAGCAUGUGGUCGUAAAUUAUUAGUGAUUGGUGGACAUCGAGGCCCUGAAGGCGAAGUAAUUGUGCUUCAUUCUUGGGAUCCUCAAGAUACAAGCAUGAAUGAGCCAGAGUGGGAUGUUCUUGCUGUCAAAGAGAGAGCAGGAGCUUUUGUAUACAACUGUGCAGUCAUGGGAUGCUGAUUGUUUCGUACAUACUGCAAACUACUUAUAUGCGUACAUACCGAGGUAGUACUUGUUUUUCUCGGUAUAAUUGUUGUUGAAACAUUUACAAUGUUAACUUGUAAUAUUUUUUCGAUGUUGCUUCAUAUUGAUUUUAUGGCAUUUAGAUGAACAUAAUUGACCUCACAUUGACAAUGAGGAUUCAUAAACGAUUCAUUUUAAGCCCCA